GGCACACGCGUCGUAUGAGCGAUAUCACCUGGUCUUCUAAGGCUGUUUUAUUGGAUUUUGGCGCAAGAAGGCAAAAAAGCCGGCUAAAGUGUCCCUCGUGGAUGUGUGUGUGUGCGUGUGUUGCCGGAAAUACUUUGAGCAAUCGAGCAAUCGACAAGAGGCGAGGCGAAAAAAAAGAUAGAAACCAAAACAAAAGCCUAAGCAAAUUAACUUGGCCCAUUCGUUGAACUGCGAGCUCUGUUGUUCUGGUGGUGAUAUUAUGUUUGGUUUUUUGCCCAGCCCUCCUGCCAGCACGAAAGUAGGUUAAUUGACGUGUGUUGUGGGCGUAUCUACAAGGAAAUAAUAAAAAAGUACCAAGUACGUACAAGUAGAAAAACAAAUACCAGGGCAGCCAGUGAAGUGGUCAAUUGCCACUGCCAGGGGCCUUCGAACCCUCUAGAUAAAUCAAAAGUGCGGGCAGAAAGCCAAGCUAAUUUAAGGUCACUCGGGUAGGAGCUUGGGAGUCCUUGGAGCGGGAGCAGCCAAUGCAACCUGCACAGACAUCAUUAGACGUGAAUAGCAACCACACAAAAUGCUGAUACUGCUGCCGCUGCUUGGAAUUUUUGGUAAUGGUUUCGUUGCUGAAGUCGAGGCGAAUCUAAGUCUGGGCUUUAAGGCCAUCAAAUUGCCCAGGCAUCCGAAUCCGGCCAAUUGCAGUGUGGGCAACACAACAUUCGCACAUGGAGUCACAUUUAAAUUGGAUUGUAAAACCCAAUGCGUUUGCGAGAAUGGCCGCCACGCCUGCUCCACGCUCUGCCCCAACGAGCAGCUCCCGGCGCCGGAGGACACGAUUUCCUGCCGAUCGCCGCGCCUCGUCGAAGUUCCCGGCCACUGUUGCAAGAUGUGGCUCUGUGAGAAUCCAACAGCUGAUGUCUACGCCACCUGCCACAACAGCACCACCAGCAGCAACUGGACAGCCUGCAGCAGGUCCUGCGGCCUUGGCACCGCCACGCGGCACACCACCACCCACGCGGGCUGCCAUCAACUGAGCAAUUUGCGGCUCUGCCAGAAUCGCAGGUGCGACCAGGACGACCUCGAGGACAAUAAGUGGAGCAGUAGCCGCCCGUUGACGCACAAGCGGAAGCAGCAUCGCGCCCACAGCCACUCCCAUCAGCACUAUCAUCACCACCACAAGGAGCACGAGGGGCACCAGGAGCAUGAGGAACACGAGGAGCCGGCCCACAGGAUACGAAAGGGCCACGAGUGCCGGAGCAUCCAGCGGCUAGGUCCUGCCAGGAUACGACUGGGCGAGUGCGUUUCCCGAAAGCUGUAUCGACCGAAGCUCUGUGGCCGCUGCCAUCGCGGGGUCAAGUGCUGUGCCCCGUCGGUGUCCACCACGAUACAGGUCGAGUUGCUGUGUCCUUUAAAUGCUGUCGAUCCAAUUAACUACGUACAGCGACGUCAGCCGAACAAAAAAAGGCAGUUGAAGGAGCCCCAGGAUGAUGAAGAUGAUGAUGAAGAUGGGGACGAGGACGAGGAUGUGCAGCAUGAGCCGAUGCUGCAAAGUGCACAGUUAUGGGACACGGUCGCCUUGGAGCCAAUCGAUCAGGAAUUCCUGCAAUCACAUCAGAUACAAAUCGAGAAUAAAUUCAUUGCCGUCGAAUGGAUACUGAAAUGUGAAUGCAGCACGAAGAAUUGCAACGCAGACAGCAGCAACGUCAGCAGCAGCAGCAACAGCAACAGCAACGACAAUAUGGCUAACACGAAUAAACAUGGUUAUUACAAUUACAAAAACAAUAACCGAGGCCGGAACCACGAAACUAAUGGCGAACCAAAUGAGCCGACCAACAACAAUGCCGGCAACAACAAGGACAACGAAGAGGAUGUGGUCGACAGCGACAGCGACAGCGACAGCGGCAACCAUCCCGACCACAACGAUGUGGACAACAUGUCCUCGGAACAGCAGCCGGAUAUCAUACCCUAUCCGCCCAGUGUGGGCGAGUCCAGCUGGAAGGCCGAAAAGCUGCGAAGGCAACAGCACUGGCUGCAGGACACAUAGCGCAAAGGAUUCGCACGAAAAUUAUAAGAUAGAACUCGAUCGACGGAGGGAGGGCAAGGAUAUAAGGAUAUAUGGCAGUUAUGUGGCGGAGAGUAGAGUUUAAGAUUUGUACAGCAUAGCGAUACUUAGGGCCCCAAGGAUGGUUAGGAUUGUAAAGGUAAAUGGGAGAGGCGAUGAUGCAAGUAAUACUUAGGAUUUGAACAUAUCGAGGCAGUAAGUGUAUUUAUGUGAACGAUAGGGUUAGUACUAAACCACGGGCGAACAACACAAAAACAGGCCGAAUGAAAUAUAAUAGAUAAUAUUUUUGCAAGCGUCUAUACACAGAAAAGAAAAUUGAACAUUUUCAGAAGAUCAUUAGAAUGGAUCAUUGGAAUGCUGCCCAAUAAUGACGUACGAGUAUAUGGUAAUAAUAAUUUUAAUAAUACGAGUAUAGAUGUAAAAGGCUUAAGCAAAUGCAAAGUUCGUGUGCAUUCCAGUUAUAACUGUGCUAUAUACUCACUUGUAUUCCGAUCUACACGUAUGCCUAAGACUCUGCUUGAACAAAGAAUAAUGAAUUUAGCUGGAUGCAAAUGGACACCAGCCAGGACACCGUCGCCAACUACGAGUGUGUCCUGGUCAUAGUUUCGUUAUCCCCCAACCAACCAACCAACCAACCAACCAACCAACCAACCAACCACACAUAUCCCCGGAAAUAUCCCAAAUCGAGUUCUCUGAUUUAGGUCAUGUGACGAGCGAGGCUUAGCCAUCACCCAUAUCAAAUGUAUCGACGUAAGUCAACUCUUAGCUAGCGUCAGAGUUAUCCGUGUG